UUGCAUCAAGACGUACAAAGAGCUCACUCACAGCAAGAUCUUAUCGCAAAAGCAGAACGAAAACGAUUGCAGUAAUUUACUCGCAACGAAUUGAAUUGCAAAGAAACAAGUUUUACCCGCGUGAUGCCUCAAAACUAGUUCAUCGAUCACAAGACGUAUGCGAAUUUUAUUCGAAAACCGUAUACAAUAUUUCUUCCUCAUAGAGAACGAAAAAGUGUCACAAGUGCUAGAAACAAAAAAUUAAAUAAGCAAAAAAAAGAGAUAAUUAUUAUAUUUAAGAUUGUGCAUAAAAAGAUGUGAGCACUUUGACUGUAUAGCCAUUCUAAAACAGCAAUGGAUCGAUGAGUGCUCGAACGGUUUGACGUGUAUCUUAUUUUGUGUGAUCUGAAAACAUUCUAUGUGUACAUUCGUGUGUUUGGUUGAUAACAAACGAAGGUGCAUUUAAAUGAGUGGAAAGGGUGAAAAUGAAAUGUGCGGCAUUGAUGUUGAGGCAGUGACGCCAAAUGACUUACCGCCGCUGAAGUCGCAAACAUCAGUAACAAAUUCAAUAAAUUGUCGCAUCGGUGUGGAUAAAAAAAGUGGACGAGUAAAAUGGUGUCCAGACUGUCAGUUUAUAAAAUUUUUACUAGUCUUACCUAUCAUUCUACUGCCGAUUAUUGUUGUAUUUGUACUGAUGAUGCGUAUAUCGAGCACAUUCACUGGUCGCAUCGAAGUAUUACCAACCACCGAACGGGUAAAAAUGUCCACCGAUUUGGAGGCGUAUCAUCGUUUACAAACACGGGAUGUGAAUCAAUUGCAGGCAAUCAUCAAUCAUAAUUGUGAAAUAUUUCGUGAUGCCAAUGGCGUUGAAAAAUCGAUUGAUAUGUAUGACAAAGAUUUGUUUCGUGAUAUUCGCACUUCAUUUAUACCAUCGGAAAUGUGUUUGCGUCGAUAUCGCGAAAUGUCGGACGAUGAAAUAGAACGCAUAAAUAGUGUUAUCAAUGACGACGGUAGUGGCGGUAAUCUAUCUAAAACGCAUCACAUGAAUCAAUCAAAUGGUGUUGAUCAAUUAAGACGAUGGAUCAAUAAAUAUGAUGAUUCGAUUGAUUUUAAUCGAUUGAGCUAUGAACAUGGGCCGGGAGAUUUUCAGCAUCGACGACGACGUCGACAAAUUGACGACAUUAUCGCAAAUCAAAGCAAACGAAAUAAUGACAGCGAUGCACAUAGCACGCAUGCAAACGACGAUUACAACAAAGAGACGGUCGGUGAUAAACCAUUGGAAAUACCGGCAUUUUUACGAACAUUUUGGAAAGGUGGCAAGACAUACGAUCAAAUACGAAAUAGUCAAGUGGAAAUUAUAAAACAGUAUAUGGAUUCGACGGUGCCGCCUUGCUCAGAUUUUUAUCAGUAUGCGUGUGGCAAUUGGGAUAAAUUAAAUCCAAUACCAAAAGACAAAGCUGCGUAUGACACUUUUGAAAUGUUACGUGAAAUUUUGGAUAUUGAAUUAAAUGGUUUGUUGGCAGAGAGUGAAAUAAAGACAUUGGAUACUGAUAGCAUCAGCACCACAAGCAACAGUAGAAUCGAUGAUGAUGUAAGUACAAGUGAAAUGCCAUUAACUGAAAGUGCAGAUUCGAUUGAAAUCAAUAUCAUCAAAGGAAGUAAAAAUGCCGAAAAAUCAAUCGUAAGUGCGGAGAAAAAAGCAAAAAAUCUGUACAAAUCAUGCAUGAAUUCAGAGAUAUUGGAACAACGGCAAUUGACUCCAUUGUAUGCAUUGCUUGAAACAUUGGGAGGUUGGCCCGUACUUGAUGGCGAUAAAUGGGAUGCAUCAAAAUUCAAUUGGUUGGAAUUGGCGGCGAAAUUGCGUCUUUAUAAUAAUGAUGUGUUCAUCAUGCAGUGGGUCGGACCGGAUAUAAAAAACUCAAACGAAAACGUCAUUCAAUUUGAUCAAAAUUCACUUGGCCUGCCGACUAGAGAUUAUUUUAUCAAAUCAUCGAACCAUGUUUACCUCGAAGCGUAUCAAGCAUUUGCACAGCAAGUGAUUCAAUUGUGUGGCGCAAAUGUGAACGAUAGCAUCAAAGCGGCUGAAGAAAUUGUCAAGUUUGAAAUUGAAUUGGCAUCAAUAAUGGCAUCUCCUCAAGAACGAAUAAAUGUAACUCAAUUGUAUCGACGCAUGACCGUUGCCAUGCUCUACGAUUAUGUGCCCGAAAUCGAUUGGCAAAACUAUUUGCAAAUUGUUUUAGAGCAAAAAAUUGAUCGAAACGAAGUGAUUGUUAUGUUUGCGCUCAAUUUCAUGCAAGACGUUGUUCAUUUGAUAAACAAUGUGGACGCCCGAAUAGUGGCCAAUUAUAUGCUGUGGAAAUUUGUACGACAUCGCAUAAAUAGCUUAGACGAUCGAUUUCAAGAAGCAAAACAACAAUUUUAUAAUGUUUUAAUUGGACGAAAACAAUCACCGCCACGAUGGAAAAUUUGCGUCAAUCAAGUGAACUCGAAUAUGGGCAUGGCCGUUGGGGCAAUGUUUGUACGCGAAUAUUUCGAUGAUAACAGCAAACAAGACACGCUUGCCAUGACACACGAAUUGCAAGACACUUUUCGGGAAAUAAUCAACGAAACGUAUUGGUUGGAUGACGAAACAAAAGCAUUGGCCGAAUCGAAAGUUGAUAAAAUGUCACUGAAAAUCGGGUAUCCCGACUAUAUUUUAAAUGAAGAGCAACUUAAUGAAAAAUACGCUGACUUGGAUAUUCAUCCGGAACGAUAUUUUGAAAAUAUUUUAAAUGUUCUGCGCCAUUUGACACGGUCGGAACAAACCAAAUUACGGGAGGCAGUCAAUCGAACCACAUGGAAUACAAAUCCGGCUGUUGUGAAUGCAUAUUAUAGUCGCAAUAAGAACCAAAUAAUUUUUCCGGCAGCCAUGCUACAACCCCCAUUUUAUCAUCGUUUUCUUCCACGCAGCUUCAACUUCGGGGGAAUCGGUGUUGUAAUCGGUCACGAACUCACUCAUGGAUUUGAUGAUAAAGGGCGUCUUUUUGACCAAUAUGGUAAUUUGAAUCGAUGGUGGAGCGAACCAGCGAUUGAAGUUUUCCAUCAGCGUGCGAGUUGUUUGAUAUCACAGUAUGGUAAUUAUAAAAUGAACGAUAUCGGUGGUGUGGCUGUGGACGGAAUCAUAACGCAAGGUGAAAAUAUAGCUGAUAAUGGUGGCAUCAAACAAGCAUAUCGUGCAUACGAAAAAUGGCUGAAAAAUCAUUGCCAAACGACUGAAUGCAUCAAUCAAGAGCAUCUGGAGGGAUUAAAUGUCACCCAUAAACAGUUGUUUUUCCUUAAUUUCGCUCAAGUUUGGUGUGGCGCGAUGCGACCAGAGGCAACGAAGAAUAAAAUGAAGACGGCCGUUCACAGCCCAGCACGGUAUCGAGUAAUAGGCACAUUAUCAAAUUCAAAGGAGUUUUCCGAUGCAUUCGGAUGUAGUACAGCGUCUGCAAUGAAUCCGCCGAAAAAAUGCAGCGUUUGGUAAAAGUGUGAAUAGAGAAUGAAAGAGAAGAAAAAGAAACGCUCAAUUUUUUCAAUCAAAGAAAACAAUAUUUUCUUUGUUUUGGUUCUGUGGAUAUGUUUUUAUAAGAUGAGGAUUAAUUAAAUAUUUAUAACAGUCGAUCAAUAAACCAACU